UACAUAUCACGUGAUAGGGGUCAUCACUGUCGCUGCAAUGAGGCUGUGCAGACCCAUAGCGUUGUUAGGUCUGUUAGGGAGCAGAGGACUACAGAGAAGUAUGUGUGCUCAGGCGAUGGACUGGCAGAGUGCCAAGUCAAUCUACGAGUUCAACGCCACUGAUAUUGAUGGCAAUGAGGUGUCUCUUGAGAAAUACAGAGGGAAUGUGUGCAUCAUUGUAAAUGUCGCCUCUAAAUGAGGAAAGACCAAGGUAAACUACACUCAGCUAGCGGGAAUGCACGCCUCCUACGCUGAGCAAGGUUUACGCAUCAUGGGCUUCCCAUGCAACCAGUUUGGAGGACAGGAGCCAGGGACUGAUGCAGAGAUUAAGGAAUUUGCCAAAGGUUACAAUGCUGAGUUUGACCUCUUCCAUAAGAUUGAUGUGAAUGGAGACACGGCUCACCCUCUGUGGAAGUGGAUGAAGGCACAGCCCAAAGGCAAGGGACUCUUGGGAAAUAGCAUCAAAUGGAACUUCACAAAGUUUCUGAUUAAUAGAGAAGGACAAGUGGUGAAGAGAUACGGGCCAACGGAUGAUCCCAGCGUGGUGGAGAAGGACCUGCCUACGUACCUGUAAUACUGUCUCCUAUAUGUUUGUUUGACUCCUGACCUCUCCCAUGGACUUAAGGGUAUUGGUGUGUGUGUGUGUGUGUCUGGACCAGUGACGGCCUGUCUGUAAACCCAACAUUGGGAAGGGCAGGCCUGAUGAUCCCCAGCGUGCAACUAACUCCCAGAACACACCCAUGCCAGACCCAUUAGACCAUAUGAGAGGACAUUCAUUAGUUAUGCAAACUAGAGACUCCUCACAUCUUACUGCAGACUCAGCCAUUCCUCUUUCCACUACACAUACCAUGUAGUCCUUUCUUGAUGUUAAGUGACACGUUUGUUCAUGUGUCAAUGUCCAUUUAAUGUAAGGACAUAAGAUGCCAUAUAUUUAUUAGAUUUCUGAAAAGCUACUGAUAAUAUUAUUUGCACUUAACUUAUCGAAGGUUCCAUUAUUGUAUCUGUAGGUCAUGACUUGUCAUGUGAUGAAAUUGGAAAAAUAAAUGCUGUCCAGGACAUUAACUUGUCAAUUUACAUGCACCUAUUAAAAUCAUGAAUUUGCUCA